AUGAACGACUACUUUGCUGAAGACUACGUCCCGGGCACGACCAACAUCCUUGUGUCUCUGGACGACUCGUCGAGCCACCGUCCUGUGAAAAAGACCGCCGACGGCAUCAUUUUGCUCCCCCAGCCGUCUGACUCGCCCAACGACCCGUUGAACUGGUCGAGCAACCGCAAAAUAUGGCAUUUCCUCCUUGUUUGCUUCAUCACCGCAUUGACCGCUGCCAUUUCCAACGACGCCGGCGCAGCGCAGGACCUGUUGAAUGAGAUCUACGGCAUCUCCUAUGACGCCAUGAACACAGGCGCAGGCGUGCUUUUCCUCUUCAUUGGCUGGCUGUGCAUCUUCUUUGCGCCCGCGUCGUCGCUUUACGGCCGCAGAAUCACCUACAUCAUCUGUCUUCUGGCCGGAACGGCCGGUUCCAUCUGGUUUGCUCGCCUGACGAAAACCGCAGACACAAUCUGGUCGCAGGCGUUCGUGGGCAUGUCUGAAGCAUGCGCCGAGGCCCAGGUCCAGCAGUCCUUGGCUGACAUUUUUUUCCAGCACCAGCUUGGUUCGGUAUUGACCGUCUACAUCUUGGCCACACUGGUGGGCUCGUUUUUGGGGCCCUUGGUGGCCCAUCUCAUCUCCGAGGCCCAGGGUUUCCGCUGGGUCGGCUGGUGGGGUGCCAUUGUCACUGGCGGAACGCUUUUGGUGACUUUGGUUGCGUGCGAGGAAACGGUUUUCGAUCGUGCCAGCCACUUCCCUGUCUACGAUGAAAAGAUUGGGCUGAAAAGUGAAGAAACAGGCGAGAAGAAGGAAAACAAGGAUACUCCUGCUCUUGACAAGGAAGCUGCAGCGCUUGAGCUUUUUGAGAGCGGCGACUCGAAGGACGAAAAGGCGGAGGAAACUGAAGAAACGCACGAGACCGAGAGAACUCCAGAGAUGGACGAAAAGGAGACAGGAAUAACUUCCAACCAGGCCGGCAGUCCGAUUGUUCGGUGCCGGCUGUCGUUUGACCUUGAGUCUUCUGCAGAACGCCCCAAAUCGUAUCGUUCCCGGUUGGCUCUCAUCACACCUUCAUCCUACAUCACUGGGUUGGGUUUCCACCAGUACGUGAAAAGAUUUGUGCUCUACUUCAAAGUGUUUUCGCUUCCUGCUGUCUGGCUCUCGGGCAUAUUGUGGGGCUUGCAAGAUGCAUACAUGUCUUUUUUCCUCACAACUCAGGACACAUACUUUGGCGAAGAGCCUUGGAACUAUACCGAAACGCAAGUGGCGCUUAUGAACGUGGCCACUUUGGUUGGUGCUGUUUUCGGCUGUUUCAUGUCGGGAGUCUUGUCUGACCGCCAUGUGCUCUGGUUGGCCCGUCGGAAAGGCGGUUUGUACGAACCCGAGUACCGCCUUUGGCUUCUUUUCGUCACCAUGGUUGUUUCUCCUGUGGGUCUUGUGAUGUUUGGCGUGGGAGCAGCCCAAGGCGGAGCAUGGCCAGCAUGGGUGAUCUAUGGCGGCUUGGCCCUCAUUGGUUUUGGCUGGGGCUCCAUCGGAGACACUGCCAUGUCGUACUUGAUGGAUGCGUACCCGGAGAUUGUGAUCCAAGGCAUGGUGGGUGUUUCCAUCAUCAACAACACAUUGGCAUGUAUCUUCACGUUUGUGUGUUCGAAGUGGCUCGAUGCUGCCGGAACCCAGAACACUUAUAUUGUGUUGGCGGUGAUUGAUUUCGUGUCGAUUGCGUUCAUUGUGCCAACGCUUUACUGGGGCAAGCUGUGGCGCCGGGCGACGCGGGGACUCUACAUUCAGUUGGUGGAGCUUGCCAGCGAGAGCUGA